AUGGCGUCGUCCACAGUCGUAGAAAGUUCUGACAUUGUCGCUUGGAACAGAAUUGGUCGCCUGAAAUACCCUCCCUCAAGCAUGUUCUCGCCACCCCCUCACCGUCCCCUCGCCAAUCGUCCCAUCAUCGCUCGUCGCCGCCGCGAUAUCAUCAUGCCGUCGCGUUCUACCGUGCAAGCUGGCGUCGCCGCAGUCGUCGCCGGCGUCGUCGCUCUCUCGCUCGUCGCAGGCACCAGCGCUUACACUGCGUACGACACGGUGCUGACAUUUAAAGCCCCGAUGAUCGAUGGAAAGUGGGGUUUCAUCGACUCCGUGUGCUUCGACGUUUCGCCAAACUUGUUCCCCGACGGGAGUGACGUCAGCAUCGUGUGGGGCGGCAAGACGCCGUUCUAUCGCGAGUGCAACAGCGUCUCCUUCCACUCCGUCCCGGGCUGCGCCGGCACCCCCAAGGCCACGUACCUGCGGCCUGCGAACAGUGCUCCCACUUCGUGGGCGCUCCCCGUCGCAGACUUCCCGCGGUCAGUGAAAUGCGAGACGGGCUGCGGGGCGGACAAUGUGGACUGUGGGGUGGAGGCCAAGUGCAGGAUGAUUGACAGCAAGGCUGCGUGUGUGUGCACUGGGGCUCUAGUCUUCGACGCCACUGCCAAGCAGUGCCGCGCGCCCCCACCCUCCUGUGCCACCAUUGUGUGUCCGACCAACUCCACCUGCAAUGCCACUGCCGACCCGCCCUGCAUCUGCAAUGAAGGGUUUGAGAUGACAAACGGCCAGUGUGUUGCGCCCCCACCCUCUUGUGCCACCAUUGUGUGUCCGACCAACUCCACCUGCAAUGCCACUGCCGACCCGCCCUGCAUCUGCAAUAAGGGGCUUACAAUGACAGACGGCCAGUGCGUUGCGCCCCCACCCUCCUGUGCCACCAUUGUGUGUCCGACCAACUCCACCUGCAAUGCCACUGCCGACCCGCCCUGCAUCUGCAAUAAGGGGCUCACCAUGACAGACGGCCAGUGCCUUGCCGUGUGCAAGCGCGCCUGCGCUCGUAAUGCUGAGUGUGCACUGGUGGGAAACAAGCCUGCUUGUCGCUGCAAGGCUGGAUACGGUUCGGUGAAAUGGGAAAACAGGGAGUGGGAGAAGCACCAGCAAAGAGGCCAAUAG